UCUACGAUGUUUAUUUAUACAUUUGUUUAUUUAUAAGUCUAUGGUUCGUUCACAAGUCGAUUGUAUCAUGGAGUAUGAACGACCAUAAUUUUCACGCAACCUACCCUGGUACUUGGUAGUUUAAUUAUAAUAGAACGUUAGAACCCCAUAAGUCGUAAGCUGCUGCUCCAUAGCAACGACAUAUUAUUAUCAUCAAUAUAAACUCGUAAAAAAUGGCUAUUGAAAUUUGAAAAAUAAUACGAUCGAUAAAAUAGUGGUUUUUUUACGAAUCCAGCACGCGUAUUGCAUAAUCAUGGCUAAUAUUACAAUUGAACUUAUAAGAAAACGUUCUGAACAUAACGAAGGUGAAAUCGGCACUUUAGAAGAAAUAUCUUUACACCAGGAAGAUAUUACUAAAAUAGAAAAUUUACAAAAUUGGUGUAAAGAUUUAAAAAUAUUACUUUUGCAAUCAAAUUUAAUAUUUAAAAUAGAAAAUUUGAACAAAUUAAAGAAAUUGGAAUAUUUAAAUUUGGCAUUAAAUUGUAUUGAAAAAGUAGAAAACUUGGACCGAUGUGAAUCUUUAAACAAAUUAGACUUGACAAUGAAUUUUAUAGGGAAACUAGAUAGCAUUGAAUCAUUAAAAUACAACACGCAUUUAAGAACAUUGUAUCUCACUGGAAAUCCUUGUACAGAUUACAAUGGAUAUCGCGAGUAUGUUAUUGGUACUUUACCACAAAUUGACGUACUCGACGGAAUAGAUGUGACUUCAUUUGAUAAAUUGGUCGCCAAACAGCAGUUAUCAAAUGUCACACCUAAAAUUAUUGCCCAACAAAAAACCUAUGAAAAUUUCAGAAUAAAACAAAAAAAGUCAUCAAAAUCUUUAAAUAUUACUGAAGAAACUUUGGAAACAUACGAAAAAAAUUAUGAAGAAUCAGAUGAAGAUUUUUGGAGUCAACCGAGUGAAAACACUCCGGAAUGUCGUGUGGAGAUGGCGUUACAUAGUAGACGAGCGCAGCGAAAACAAGAUGAAGCAAAAAAAACACCUAAAGAAGAACUGUGGACUCCAAAGUUGUUCGCCGAAGAUGGCCGUCCGUAUAAUUUAAAUCAAGCAAAAGUACCGUACAAAAUGGAAAAUGAACACAAUAAAUACGUGCUUACUGUUCACGUGUACAAGUUCAUGGACACCAGCGAAUUGGAUGUGGACGUUCAACCCACUUACGUGAGGGUCACGAUACGAAAAAAGAUAUUGCAAUUGGCGCUGGACGAAGAAGUAAGAGUUGAUGAAUCCAAUGCGAAACGGUUGAUUGGUUCUAAGCAAUUGGAAAUAACUAUGCCUAAAGUAAAACAAAUAAUCUGUCCAGUUAAAAAACAAUGCGUCAUAGAUAAAGAUUUCCACAAAGAAAAUAAAUCGAAAUUAACGGAUGAAAUAUUUGAUAAUCAAAAGCAAGUGGAAUUUUGGAAUAUAACCAAUUCAUCAACAAGCGUAAAGAAAAUUGAAGACAAUAAUCUUAAGGAUUUCGUCGAUAAUUCCGAAGUACCACCUUUAGAAUAAAGAAAUGGCAAUAAUUUUUGUAUGUAUAAUUGAAUCAAGUUUGUAUUUGGAGAGGUCAAACUUAAAAAUUCCCAGUAUUUUAUAAUCGGGAAAAUGGGAAUUUUAAUUCAAAUCCAAUUUUCGACAAAAUCGAUUUUUUCAAACUUUAAUUAUCGAAAAUGAAUAAUCGUUUAUAAAUACUCGAAUUUUUCACUAAAUGCUUAUUAGGUAAUGGUUUUUUAUUCACAAUUUUUGAGCUUUUUGUAAGUAUAAGAAAUAUUCAAUUUUUUAUAACCUAUCAAUUAAAAAUUAUUUGCUGAUAAAAAUGCUUGAAAAUGUAAUACAAAGCUCCUCAUAAGUUGUUAGUUUCUCAAUUGAAAAAUAUAAAAAACCCAGUCACAGUAUUUUUUAAUUGUUAUAAGCAUUUUAAGUUAGAAUUUUAACAUAAUUCAUAUGUUUUUUGUUUUUAUACCUAAAAUUUUAGUUCCAAUUUCAAUAAAAUUACUGAUUCAAACGAUAAAUAAAGAUAUGAUAACUGUUUUAUUAUAAUUUAGAAACAUUAUUCGAGAGAACUUUUAUGAAUUUUGCUAUACGCAAUAAUAUUUUUGAUUUUUUUCUACCCCCAGAUAAAUUAUAUAAUGUUAAAAUCAAAUGGAGAGUAUCUCUAUAAACUGCAGUUGUUACAAUUUUCAUGAUUCCACUUAUUUGCAAAAUUUUUCUCUUCCACUAUUAAUACUACUUAGGUAUUAUUAAAAUUGAUUUUCAAAACAUAAAUAGUUUAAUUAACAGAAAAAUGUUUUUAUAAGCUUAAGAAACAUUGAAUUGUACAUUAUUUUAUUAUUAAUUAAAUUUAAAUAUUAGAUGUUUGACGUAAUUGUUCUAAUUUAUACUAAUGUCUAAUGAUUGAAACAUAAUGUUGUUUAUCAUAUUUAGGGCACUAUAGUUGUUGUUGUGACUAAAUACAUAAGACAUAAAACAUAUAAUUAGUAUAUUUAAUAAUUUAUUACCUUGUUUAUUACAUAAAAAUUUUUUUAGUCAGUAGUUUUAUUAUUUUGGUACUUUUCUUUAAUUGAAAUUUCAAUAAAAUUUAAACAUAAAGGAAAUAAUGUUGUUCAAUGGUGGUAUUCUUUUAGGCAAAUUCCAUACAAUAUCAGAUUUAGAUACAGUUUUUAGUUUUAAAGUUUUAAAUGGAAAUAUAAAUCAUUUUUGAUGCAUUUGGUUAGAAAUAAUUAAAAAUAGAUAAUCGGUUUUAUUUAAAAGUGUAUUAAAAAUAUUUAUUAUGAAAUUAACACAAAAUAAGUAACUUAUUUAAAAAGGCCACAAAGGCAUAAGCAACAUACAAAAUUGUUAUUCAUUAACUUAAAUGUGUCAAAUCUUUAAAACUAUAAAGUAACAAGAAGUUACAAAAACAGGUUAAUAAAUUGUUUUUAACGCAAAAUUGAAUAUUUUCUUUACUAUUUUUUUUUUUUUUUUUUAAUGAAUAAUAAAUUAACAACAAAAAAGGUGAUAAAAUAAAAAAAAAAAAAUAAUAAUAAUACUAAAAGCCAAAAUGAAUACAAAAUAACAGUGUUAGGCCAGUUGAAAUUACUUUAUAAAAUAAUAUUUGUAUAAAAAUAUUUCUAUUAUAUUAGUAAAUUAAAUUAGACAAUUUUUUUACAGCCGUUUAUGAACACUUUGAGCUUAUAAGCAAAAAUCUUACAACUUAUUACAACCCUACAAGAAUUAGCUCACUCAGUAUUAUGGUUAAAUUGAUAAAUAGGAUUUUAUGAAAUUUUGUACAAAAUAAAAAUAAUAAUACAUAACUUCCACCGAGGACAACCAAUAAAAUUUUUUGUGGUUCAAGCCACUAACAUCAACUGCUUUAUUA